AUGGGCUAUCUCAACGAGGAUGCUCCGAGCGAGGAGAUGUCGGUGGUGUUCCUGCCCGCUCGAGCGGCAGCAGUCGCGAUGGCGCUCAGCAGCCUCAGCUCCUUCGCUGCUGUCGCCAUGCUUGUGCGGCUUGCUCUGGCCCUCAGCGAGAUCAGCGGCGAAGACAUCCUCCUCGUCGCAUGCUGCGCUUCCGCCUUUGCAAUUUUUGUUGUCGCUUCUUUGACUCUCGCAUAUGCACGCUUCCUGCCUCCGCCGUUCACCCGAGUAUGGCAGGUCGUCUCGCCCGUCAUUUCGUUCCUCAUCGUCAUGUGGUUCGCCGGCUUGGGCCUGUCGAUCGCGCUCUUCGUCGAGGUCUUGCAUCCCUUCAUGUCCUGCGACGACGUCACCUGCCAGCCGCACGACCGCGAUAUCGCCAUCCAGACCCUCUCCGUCCUCGUCGUCGCGCUAGUCUCCUGCUUCGCGCUCGCCAUGCUCGUCAGCUUCGACCUCCGCACGACCCGCCACCACGCCAACGUCAUCAUCUACCAGAGCGAGCUCCAGUUGCGGCAGAAGCUAAGGAAGCAGAAGCAAGAGUUGGCCAGACAGGCGCAGACGGUCCCGCUUCUGCAUGCGGGAUCGGCAUGGUCGAGCGACGAGGAGGUCGAUCUUGCCAGCGCAGGACCUAGUCGGACAACGAGCAAGGAUGCGACUGUACGCGCAUACCUCGCUCGCGCACAACAGCCCUUCUCGGCUGUCGACCCUUUCCUCGAUACCUAUCAGCGCCGCACGUAUCCUCCAACCUUUGCAUCUGGCGAACGUCAGCAGCUUCCAAGUCCGUUCUCGGCUCAAUACUCCGAAGGCAAAAAGGAACCGCGACGAGGCCAACGUCACCGACGGAAGAGCGACGGAUCGUCGACGAGUACGACCUCGGAGGAAGAGCGGGAGAGGAAGGAGAGGCGUCAGCGGAAGAAGCCGCAUCAUCGCAGCAAGUCGAGGUCGGGAGGGCAUUCGCACGAGUCGAAGGACGGUAGGCGGCGGUCUCAGGAAGAAAGGCGGGCGAAGAAGAGAACGGCAUCGGCGAACGUUGUACAGAUGGUGGACACGGGCAUGGCGCCAGCCGCCGCAUAG